UGGCUUUUCCAUUUUUGCCCUUUUCCUCUCCGUCCCGGCCGUUGCCGUUGCUCUGCGCCGCUCUCCUGUCUCCCCACCAGACCACCAGUAGCCGCUGCCGCCGUCGCUGGCAGGGUGUGCCAGCGGCCGCGGCCAUGUUCUCCUGGAUCCUUCGCGGCUGCCGAGACGAGUGCUCCGCCUCCGACCAGCUCAAGCAGGCUCGUGAUGUCUUCGUGGCAAAAGAGGCAGUCUUGCAAAAGAAGAUUUCUCAAGAGAUGGAACGGGCCAAGGAGUUCACUAAGUCAGGAAACAAACAAGCAGCAAUGCAGUGCUUGAAGAGGAAAAAGUACUAUGAAAGCCAAAUGAGCCAGGUUGGAAGUGUCCAGUUACGCAUUAAUACCAAGGAGAAAAUGAUCGCUGAUCACAUGGGAAACAAAUGACACAAAGUGAGAUUACAGCUCUGGAACUAAUGUCUCGACUCCUCUUUGUUUUGUUCAGAUACAGUCUUCAAAUCUUGUGAAAAGUCAAUCGUUGUGAUCAGAUCUUCAAAUAUUCAGUCGGCUUAUCAGCCACCAAACAGUAUUUUCCUCUCAUAACAAAUUAGCCGUUUCAGCUUUUCAGCCGGCUUAUAAGCUGAAGCGAACAACCCCUGCCACACUGACACUAAGCUUAGCAUUAAUGUGCCUUAACAUAAGAUGGUACAUUUCAGGAAAGAGUUUCUUAUUUCCUACCAAGGCAAGACUUACAUAUUUAUAGUUGAUGCUAUUGGAUAUGUGAUAUAUAAAAAUGUUUUUGAAUCGAAAUGAGUGGCCCAUCUCAUGCAGUACAGUACUUAUGGUGUGGGCCACAAUUGCUGCUUUUCAUCCAGAUUAACUGUAUUUCAACCAAAUAUAUAGUCAUUUGAUGGUUUA